AUGGCUGCUUGCUCUGCUCUGCCUGCCCUACCGUGCGCCUCUACACUCGUCAUGGCGUCUUCUCAACAAAUCUCUCUUCCUACCAACUCGCAUGCGCAUUAUGAGGAGCAAGUCGCAGCCACUCGCCAAUCUCCUGUUGUUGCAGAUGCGCCUCCCGCCUCCAAUGCGCCUUCCAGAUCUAAUGCGCCUGCCGAAGGCCCGGCCGCAGCUGCCCCCAACGCUCUCGAUAAGUCCCUCAACUACUGUGCGCCUUAG